UGCUUUGCCCCAUUUCAUCAAACAGUUUCUAGGCAUCUCUGUUACCUGUAAUUCAUCUAGGUUUUGUGAGUAGUAUGGAGAACGGAAGAUUGGAGUCUUCUUUCUGGAACUUCAGUGACCAGCUUCGGCUCCACACGGCUGGCAUCGGGAGCCUCUCUCUCGGCGACAGCAUAUGGUCGGAUCCCUUUCUAUCCGCUACCGGACGUCGCCCAGAGGAUCGCCGAAACACUGAAUCCACCGGUGAGGCCGCGGCCAUGGAGAUCGGAUCCACAAGCGUUUGGAAGAUGGGACUAGAUCUUCCCCAGAAGCUUGCUUUUACUAGCCCUAACUCGAAUAGAUACAACAACAGUAAUAACCUUGGAGGUCUCGGAGUUGGUGUCAAGAACUCUAGGGAUUUCAGUAAUGGUGAGGUAAAGACUUAUUUCAGCAAGGCAAUUGGUCGGCCGGCGGCUAAUCACAGUAAUGGUAGUGGUGUUCUGGGAGGCGCGAAAAAGGGGGUUUGCAGUAACAACGAGAGUGGUGGCAAAAGUGGGAAAAAUAAGAAGAGCGGCAAUAACAGUUGCAAGGAUGGUAACAAUAACAAUACGAAUUCUGUAGAUAAGAGGUUCAAGACUCUGCCGCCAUCGGAGGCUCUCCCUCGGAGUCAAACGGUAGGAGGUUACAUCUUUGUCUGCAACAACGAGACCAUGGAGGAGAAUCUUAAAAGGCAGCUUUUUGGCCUUCCUCCACGAUACAAGGACUCUGUAAGAGUUAUAACUCCGGGGUUGCCUAUUUUCUUAUACAACUACUCAACGCAUCAACUUCAUGGAAUUUUUGAGGCUGCUACUUUUGGAGGAACAAACAUCGAUCCUACUGCUUGGGAGGAUAAAAAACAUCCUGGAGAGUCUCGUUAUCCUGCUCAGGUUAGAGUCAUAACUAGGAAAAACUUUGAACCUUUAGAAGAAGAUUCAUUCAGGCCCAUUCUCCACCAUUACGAUGGCCCCAAAUUCAGACUUGAGCUUAGCGUACCAGAGGCACUGGCCCUUCUAGAUGUAUUUGCGGAGAAUAAUGAUUGAGAAGUUGGUGAGUGGAGUUGAAAGUUAAAGACAAUUGCCCUUUAUCUGAUUAUAUAUAUCCAUUUAUAGAGAAAUAUUUGUGUACAUAAGAUGUACGCA